AUGAAUCGGUGGCACGUCCUACUGACGACCAUUGUCCCCACGUAUACAAUCCCGUUUGUGUUCUUUUGGUUUCUGCAUGUCACCGGAUUCCUGUGGCCGAUCCCAUCGGUACCGACCGCUUGUGCUGGUGGUCCGUGCAAAUUGCGCAUGUUUGUGUGUUCUCACGCCGAACGCUGCAUGCAGGAGGAGGGCAAUUUGACCGCGGAAGAAGAGCAGAUGAUGAUGGCUCAGUAUCAUCACAUCGCAGCCACGAGUAGCAUUCACCCGCUGCUGUCCUCUUUUGUCAAUUACGCUCAGCCGGUGAAAUUUCAGGGAUUCGAUGUGGCCGAAGGUAAGAUUUUCUGGAACGCCGGGUGUCAAAUGGUAGCUUUGAAUUUUCAAACACCGGAUUUGGCGAUGCAGUUGAAUCAAGGAAAAUUCGAGUACAACGGAAAUUGCGGUUACCUGUUGAAGCCGGAGUUCAUGCGUCGACCGGAACGUCAGUUUGAUCCGUUUUCGGAAUCUCCGAUGGAUGGGGUGAUUGCCGCAACCUGUGAAGUUCGAAUCAUUUCCGGUCAAUUCUUGUCCGAUCGAAAAGUGGGUACCUAUGUGGAAGUGGACAUGUACGGUUUGCCCACUGACACUAUUCGCAAAGAGUUCCGUACUCGCGUUGUCCCGAACAACGGCUUGAAUCCGGUCUACGGAGAUGAUGCCGUGUUUGUGUUUCGUAAGGUCGUUCUGCCAGAUCUGGCUGUCUUGCGAUUCGCGGUGUAUGAAGAUACCGGCAAACUGAUUGGUCAGCGUGUCUUGCCGCUAGAUGGUCUUCAAGCUGGCUAUCGACAUAUUUCUCUUCGAACUGAGGGCAACUUUCCGCUCUCUCUACCAACUCUGUUCUGUCAGGUAUCACUUACAACCUACGUUCCCGAGGGAUUAAACGAUUUGGUCGACGCCCUGUCUGAUCCACGAGCUUUUCUGAGCAAAGAAGAACAACGCAUGAAACAGGCAAGUCGAUGGAACACAAUGUACUUCUAUUUGUCUACUGAAUUCAUUUUUUUCGCUGCUAAUCUUGCCAGCAUGGGUAUCGACUCUUCUGAGAUCGCUGAUGUAUCAUCCAGUGGGAAUGUGAGGCGGAGCGGACCGGGUCAUACAGGUGGUGCCGUUGGUCCCGGUGCAGUGGGCGCUGCCGGUUCCGGAGAUUCUGCCAGCGCUGGAGUAAAUUCAUCCAAAAAGGACGAAAAGAAAGACGAUCCCAAAUUUGAUCCGAUCUCAUUGAGCCUGCUUCAAACGGACAAGUCGUAUCAAAAACUGGUGAAGAAACAACAAAAGGAAUUGGAAGUUAUUCAACGGCGGCAGGAAAAGGAUGCCAUGACCAUGCUUCGAAAUCACACGCUCAUGUGUGAAUUGGUACGACAGCAGACUGAUCAGUGGACCAGUUUGAAAUCUGCCCAGAUGAAAGAAAUAUACGAACUUGUCCUGGGUUACAUUGAAGCCCGAAAAGAACUUUUGAUCAAGAUCAUGAAAGAGGUACAAGAGGAACAGAAACGUGAACUGCGCAUUAUACAAGGUCGCGAAGUGAAAGAGAUGAAGGCUCAACAGACGAAGGCUUCAAUUGAAUCUAGCCGCUCCGUGAUGAACGACCCGAAAUUGCGUAACAAAGCGGAACGAGAUCGUCGUAUCCGAGAGCUGAAUGACUACAAUACGAAACGUUUUAUAGACCAGCGCAAGAUUCAAGCGCAACGCCACGAUAAACAGACGCAAGAGUUAAACAAACGGCACGCCCAGGAAGAACAGGACGUCAUAUCUGGCAUGAAAAAGGUAUGCAUUUCGUUAAUCGCAAUCAACUUGUUCCUUGUUCUGGUCGCGGUAUGUCACGAUGCGAAAACGGACAUUUUGCUCGGUUUGUACAAGAAGCGCCGUAUCGGCAAGGUAUGGGGCUGGUUGCCACUGGAGUCGUAA